AUACAGUUUGCUUUUUCUUCUCUGCAACAGUGUCAGGAAAUAGGAAAAGGGAAGAAGAAAAAAGCAUUGGACUUUGUUAUAUUAUAAUAGAUAGACAUAGACAUAUGUAUUGCAUGUACAGUUUUGUUUCGUGACCAUUUAGAUAUCAUCAUUUCUUAGGAAUGUCAGAGAAGAUUAUAGGCCAAAUAGGCCUGUAAGUCUGGUUAAACAGAGGGACUUUUGUAUCUGGGUCUUAAUUGCUAUAACCCCUUUUAAAAGUUGAAGCUUUUUUCUUUAGCUUUCUUAGUGUUGAAAAGUCUGAUGAUAUUGAUGUGUUCAUCCUGUUGUGUCCUCGGUACUCUGAAGGAAUUCAUGGCUGUGACAGCUAUACUGCUGUACCCUUUGCUUUUCUUGGGCUUUGAUUCUCUUCCUUGUUACUGGGAGUUAUUUCAUCUUCUGAGUUUCUUUAGGGACUUUUCUUUUUCAUCAGCCUCAUCAGUUUCUCUGCUUUAUUUCAGUUCUCUUCUGCAACCUACAUGGUGAUGUAUUAUUAUUAUUAUUAUUACUAUUGUGUCUUUCUUUUCAUCUUUCUUUAUCUUUCUUACUUUUUCUCUUGGGUUUUCUUGGCUUUACCACUCUCCUGGAUUUGCAUGGAAAAAAGUGUUCUUGAUAUUCUAUCUUCUUGCCUGUUUGCAUGACUACAGUUAGUUUAUUACUAGUUCUACCUUACUUGCUGCUUGUAUUUGAUUACUUUCUUUUCUUUCUUUUUAAAGUUCUAUCAUUAUUCUUGUCUUAAUGUUGUUUUGUUUUGCUAUUUUUUUUGUUAGUGAAGGAAUACGUGACCAGUAGGGCUCAGUAAAUUGGUUAAUGGUUGAGGAAAAGUACAAAGGAAAGACUAUUGAAGGUCGGAAAGAGCUCUGGCCAUGGCAUCAACUUCUAGUGGUAACAAAACCCCUUUGGCCGUGACACUGAGAGAAGGUGCUACUGCCAAUAUUAUUAGGUAUGAAGAUGUUGCAGCUGAUCCUAAGCUCUUCAUGGAUACCUUGGAGAAACUUCAUUCCUCAAAUGGAACUAAGUUCAUGAUACCCAUCAUAGGUGGAAAAGAGCUUGAUCUGCAUAAACUUUUUCUCGAGGUUACUUCACGUGGCGGUAUUGAAAAGAUUAGUAACGAUAGAAGAUGGAAAGAAGUAACUGCAGUUUUCAACUUUCCCUCCACCGCUACAAACGCUUCAUAUGUGCUGCGAAAGUACUACAAUUCACUGCUACGCAACUACGAACUAACUUACUACUUUAAAGCGAAAUCAACCCCGUUGAGUGGUGCUCAGCAAGCAGAGUCACAAUCACCAAGUUUCCAAACUCCUAUGUUCCAGCAAGCACAUACAAGUGAGGCAGAAUUUUCUGAAGCAAGAACACCAGCAUCAUCAGCUUCUUCUACUGUAAUUGGUGUCAUUGAUGGGAAAUUUGAAAGUGGAUAUCUGGUAUCCGUAGUCAUAGGCUCGAAGCGGCUGAAAGGUGUACUCUACGAGGCUCCACAUAAUCCACCUUCAAGGCAAAUACCACAAGGAAUAAAUCAACCAACUCCCAACAAAACUGACGAUGCUGAAUCUGUUGUUCCUGUUGUUCGUCGCCGUAGACGCAGGAAGAAAUGUGAGAUCAAAAGGAGGGAUCCUGCUCAUCCAAAACCAAACAGAAGUGGGUACAAUUUCUUCUUUGCAGAGCAGCAUGCUAGAUUGAAACCACUUCACCCCGGAAAAGAUAGGGAGAUCAGUAGAAUGAUCGGCGAAUCAUGGAACAAGUUAAAGGAAUCUGAUAAAGCUGUCUACCAAGAGAAAGCUGUUAAAGACAAGGAAAGAUAUAGAAGAGAAAUGGAGGGUUAUAGAGAAAGGCUAAGAACUGGUCAAGUGAUCAGUCAUGCAGUACCGCUACAACAACGAUUCCCUGAGCCUCACACUACUGCUACUACUACUACUACUACUGCUACUGUGGAAGUGAAUCCAAAUGUGGAUGAAACUGAGGGUGGAGACUCUCAGACUUUAGGCAAUGAGAGUUGUUCAAGUAAAAGUGAUUCUGAAGUUGAUGUAAUGGUGGAGAAGGAUUCUGAUAUAGAGGAAUAUCAAGAGAUAGUAAUGGAUACUCAUUCUAAUAUUGUUGGCAUUCAGAAGAUUACUGAAGGUGAUGAGCUGAAGAAGAAGAGUCUACCAGAACAGAAUGUUGGAGAUGAGGGUGUUGAGAAAGAAGCUGCUGAGGUGAGAGAUUUAAACUUUGUCAUCAAGGAGAAAGAGAUUUAGGAAGAAUUAAACUUUGUCAUAGACUUUAUCAACCAAGUUCUAAUAUUUGGCUUUAAAUUUUAGUUAUAAUUAGAUCUUAGAUGUAUGACACACUUGAAGGAGUAACUUUUUAUCUUUUUUUUUAAGUCAUUAGUUCUUCUUCUUCUUCUUCUUCUUCAUAGGUGUAAAGCCUGGUUUACUAUCACAAAUGGUUGUUGCCUUGAGGAAAGUUGUAGAAGACCUCAAUUUUGUAGUGACAAAUUUUCUUAUGUAUUGGUACUGUGUCUUUUUACUUGAAUGGAAAAUUUUCUUUUCU